UGCCUUCAGCCAUGCAAAGAACUGUGGGAAACCAGGAAGGUGGCAUCUCCAAAGUCUUGCGAGCAGACAGAGUGUGUGACAAGCAGGGAGUUUCUGGCCUCGUUAAGGUCGUCUCGUCAGGGAGACUGCCCUCCGCCUCAGCGAGCCACAGGAUUUGCCGCGGCCUGCGUGGAGAGCUGCUCGUCAGACCAGCACUGCCCCUCCCCCAGGAAGUGCUGCUCCAAUAGCUGUGGACAUACUUGCCAAGCCCCAGCCAAUCUGUACAAAGGUGUCCCUCUGAAGCCUCGAAGAGACAUUAGCUUUUUGGAGGACUCGGAGGGUCGUGUGAAGGUGAUGUGGGUGUCGAAGUUCAAUGUCAGCGUGGAGCCCGUCGUUUACAUACUCCAGUCCCGCUGGAACAUCGGCAUUCACCCCAGUGAAGACCACGCCUCUCCAUGGGCUACUGUAGCCAUGACACUCUCUGAAGAUGCGAUUCUGUCAGAUCUGAGACCUCAGCGUUGGUACCAGUUUAGAGUGGCAGCCAUCAACAGCCACGGCAGCAGAGGUUUCACCACACCCAGCAAACACUACAUCUCCAGUAAAGACCCUUCGCCCCCAGAACCGCCCACGAAUGUCAGAGUGAGCAACCAGACACUGAAUAGGACACAAUCAGCGUCCCAGUUCACAGAAAGGUAUCUAAAAAGCUAUGUCAGUGAAGGAUUAUCAGAUGCAUCAUUUUAUAUAUAAUCUUUAAAAUACAUCUAUUUACCACUGCAGC